GAGAGAGAAAGGUGGGAGAGAAAGAGCGGUAAGCCAAACCAAAAAGCAAGAAACCACCUCAUUCUCUCUCUCUAGCUUGCAGUUAACAGUAGUAAAUAGUCCUCAUUUUCUCAAGAUCUGGGACUUGUUCUUACUCUCAAUCUUUUGCUUGUUUCAUUGUACCUUAUCAAGAUCCACUAUUCUUUUACAAAAUGGAUCUGCUCUUGUCUCAUCAGGGCUAAACCUAAAAGCCCUCUCUGGAAGCUCGCCCAUGUUCCAUGGAUCUGCAAGCCAACCUGCAUUGUUCUCCUAGAGCCAGGAUUUCAUGACCACAUGCUUAUUUGGACGCUCUGAGGUAGCUGGAGUCAUGCAAUUGUUCAGCUCGGAGGCUGACGGGGAUGAAGAGUUGGGACGAUGGAAUGGGUUUUCCGGGGACUUCUCGGGUUGUCUUCUCAAGAGUUUCAUCGCAUUUGAGUUUGAGCUUUCUGGGUUUUUCUGAUAUGAAUUUGAUUCUGGCGAAGGAAGAUGCUGUCACUGAUGAUCCUUCUUCUUCCUCUGCUCAAUUUGGUUUCUUCUGGUUCCGGAAGGGAAUAUUCAUCUGACAACUCGGGCUCAUUCUGGUUUUUCCAAGGGCGAUAUUCCUCACAUACAACAACAGUAAUAUCCAUUCAAGCAAGAUCAUUGCCUUCAAAUCUGGCAUUUUCUUUAUCAAAACCACCCCAACUAUGGAGGGUUGAACGCUCUUUAGGACAAUCAUCUUUGCCUGCUCCUUCUUCAACAUCUGGAGGCCCUGUUACCAGUCCUAAUAGUACUCCAUCAUUGAGGCCUCAUCGUCAUCAUCAUCAUUGGAAGAGACCUCAUGCUGUCUCACCAUCCCCAGCUCCUGUAUCAGGUGGUUGUGAUCAAAUCACAUGUGUGGAGCCGCUUACUUCAACUCCCAUUGGUUCACCUUGUGGCUGUGUAUUACCUAUGAAAGUUGAACUUCAUGUAGGUGUAAGUCUAUAUGAAUUCUUUCCGCUUGUUGAUGAGCUAGAGAUUGAGGUUGCAGCAGGUACAUAUCUGAAACAAAGUCAAGUAAAGAUAAUGGGUGCUAGUGCUGAUAUUCAAGAUCAAGGCAAAACAGUGGUAGACAUUAACUUGGUCCCACUAGGAGAGAAGUUUGAUAGUACGACUGCUAUGCUAACAUAUGAGAGAUUUUGGCAUAAGAAAGUGACAAUUAAUGCAACUCUUUUUGGUGAUUAUGAAGUGAUAUACAUCAAAUAUCCUGGGCUUCCCUCUUCACCACCAUUGGAGGACUCCCUCGGUCCCGUUGGAAGUGGAGACCAUGAAAACCCUAUCAUGGCAGAUUUUCGUGGCAAGAGUCAAAAGAUGAAUACUAGAACGAUUGCCAUUAUAGCUUUAUCUGCAUUUGUGCUCUUCUUGGUAUGCCUUGGCAUGGUCUCCAUCCUCUUGAAAUGCAAGAAAGUUGGAAGAACAUCAACAUCUGUUGGGCCUGCAACAACAUCCUCCAUUACCAAAAGAUCUGGUAAGAUACCAUGCUUAUCUGACCUUCUAAUAGUGGUAGAGCUUAUUAUGAAGAGGAAUCACUUGGUUGUUUUAAUAGUUCUUGCUCAUAUUACUUUUAUAUCUUAAGAAUCAGAAAACAUA